AUGCCUGCAGGCAUUGCCGGUCAGGUCGUCGAAGUAGGCUGGCCAGGUGCUGUGAUGCACUCUUUGAAGUGUGCGACCGUCGUGACCCCGGCCAGACACUGUUGGACACGCGUCCCGUUCUUCACAAAGUGGAUCAACAGUCUUUGCAUGGAUGAUCCAGGUUGGUCCAUGGUGGACGAGGACAACUUCUUCGAGGAACUGAAGAGCGGUCUUGUGCUGUGCAAAGUCGUUGAAAGGUUGGUUCCUGGUGCAGACUUGACGACCAAAGGGAUCUAUCACAAGCCGAGAACCCGUGCGACCUGUGUGGCCAACAUUGACAAGGCAUUGACUGUAGCCUGGCGAACAGGGGUCAAUGCAGGACACAUGUGUUCGGCUGAUGACAUCUACGACUGCAAAAUUACGGCGGUCACAAGGUGCGUCUCUGAACUCUUCGACGCUCUGCAGAUGCGCUUGCGAGAGGUCCGAAGUCGAUCUCGAGACAUGCUGACAUCGAUGAAUGCACACCUGAUCCCAAUAGGUUGCGGCCUUUCUGAGCGAACGUUGAACGAUCCAGUCCAGCACUGCGAUGCACUGGUAGCUGACUUCGCCGACUGUACAAAGAUUAUCGCGCUUUUGGUGAGUACGGGUAAGGCCUCGGUGGAGGACCUGCUCAGCCUUGCCCACCGAGAGCAGACUUCCGGCGCAGAAGGGGCUCAACUCAAAGGGCUGCUGCAGGAGAACGGCCGCAUCCUGAGUGAACUUCUGGAGGCCAACGGAUGCCCUGUGCUCCUCGGUCCAGGUGAGUUCGCAAACCCACCGUCGCCGUUUCCCGACACCAUCCUGCUUCAGCUCCACAUCAUUUGGCGCUCUGUGGGCGGAGGCGCCCCAGGUGCUGCCGGGCCUGGACAACCCGCACAAAGCCCCAUGUUUCACUCUGCGAGUCCUGGAGGUGUGGCCGGCUCAAAAGCGGAACUGCAGCUGUGGAUGCAGGCAAUGUCUACCCAGUUCACUUCCCUCGAUGAUGCGUUCUGGAGCUGGUGUGGGAACAUGUCCGGCCGGAUGUCACGCUCCACCUUCAUGCAAGCAAUGCGAGAGCUCAACUUCCAGGGUGAUGCCAAGCUGGUCUGGGACACGCUGAAUCGGGGUGUCCCAGGCUUCAUUAGCCAGGAGGACUUUGCGAGACCUGAGUUGGAGGCGAGCUUUGCUCAGGUCCUGCAGAGGAGCCUUCAAGAAGGAGAGGGAGAGCCACAGGAAGGCGAGGAAGAAAGGAACUUCGUGGGCGGCGCAGACACUGCUGGCGAAGGUGAUGGAGAAGUUGUUGAGGAUGCAGCCGAGGACCAGUGGGGCACAGGGGCAGAUGACCAGGCUGCUGGAGACAUUGAGUCGGUUUCCUUCCUUGUACUGCCACUGGGCGAAGGAGCCGAUAUCGAUCUGGCCGAAGCCUGUCGGCUCGCUGGCGACGAGGAGCCACGUCUGUCCGGUGCUAGCGAAGAGAGGCUGCGGAUGCUCAGCGAGGACAUCCGCAGACAGCAAGAUCUCCAAGAACACGGUGCCACUAGCGCGGCCCGUCUUGUAGCAGCAGCCGCAGCAGCUGCCGCUGCUGCAGCAUCAUCUCUGGUUUCGGCAGAGGCCUUGCAGAUUGGUGACUCGCAGUCCUUCCCGGAGCUUCCAGAUGUUCCAGUCUUCUCCGACUUCAAGAAGGAAAGCAUGGAGCUUGGUGACGAGGCCAUGGAUGCUGUCAGCAUCCUGCUAUCUGAACUAUCAGUGCAUGAGCUGCCGAUGCCCACCACAAGUGUGGACACAUGUGUCGUAAUGAGCGAUGGCUCGGAGUGUCGAGCAUGGCUUCAAACCAACGUGGUUGAUUCUCCGCAAGAGAGUCACCUCCAGCAGGUCUACGAUCCUGUCCGAUUGACGGUUCGUCUGUCUGUUGUGGAUGUUCCGAGCCGCGUCCUUUUCCGCAUUGCUGAAAAGAGCGGGCGGGAAGCAGUUUUGCACGACACGCGCAAACCGAAUCACGUGGCAAGACUAGGUAAACUGCUCGUUUAUCCUCGAAGUGCUGCAGUGAGUCCGGCAAAUUGCAGACCGCGCCGAGAUUGGUGGGAUUUGGAGAUUCUUCGCACCAGGCACGGUGCUGACCUUCUUCAGAGUGAUCCUCAAUCAUGGGCAAUUGCAAAGACUGUAAAUGCCCGAGAAGGGCGUCAGCGGCCAAGCGAUCUGCGGGAGCGCGUCCUGCUUGACAAUGAUGUGCGGCGGCAAACAUCGAUUUUCAGCGUGUUGCAGAAGGAGUCAUCGUUGCCAACGUUUGCAGCGGGACUCCCAGGACCUAGCGAGGGCAAGCAGGUUCACCUGAGAGACAACUUAAUCGCUAGCGCGAGCGCCACCUCGGAGCCGGCUCCGAGAUCCGCCAUUGCGUGUCUGCUUCAUGCGUUGCUAGCAGCGAAGACCUGA